AAACCGCAUGCUCUAAUGCUGUAGCCUGCUAGCGAGUUAGUCUGAAUUUUAGCCAGGGCGAAUAGUCGUGUUUAAUCACAGGUCAAUAUGUUUGUUCUUGAGUCUUUCGGCUCGUAAAAAACGUCAAUAGAUUUAGCGGUGUAAUCCAGGUUGUUUUCCAGUUGAGUUUUUAAAACUACAUUCUCAACAUGAAGGGUAUAGUUGAAGAGCCCACCGACACCGAAAGUGCUGGUUUUGGGUGCGCUGUUACAAACCGCUUUGGUCAGCUUUUAGACGACGAGGCCGACCCGUUCGACAUCAUUCGCGAGGCUCAGGUGGAGAAGCAGAAGAAAAAGAAAAAAGAUGAGCCAAAAAAACCUGCUACUACAGAUAAACCUAUUAAGAAGGACUCCCAAAAGGACAGGAGAACUCCCUUGAGUGCUGGGGAAGGCGACAAUGCAGAAGUUAAAAGUUUACAUGGUCCGAAAUAUCCUCGAGGUGCACCUGGCCAUGUAGAGGAGCGACGAGUUGGCUUCCGUGAUCAAAGGCAGAACGACAGUGCAGCACCCCUCGGAUACUCUAUUGAAAGGCCUGUGGAUCAGGGUGAGCGUGCCGGAAGGGGCCGAGGUGGAGGCCGUGGAAGAGGAAUGCGCGGCGGCAACUUAAGAUCCACAGAUGGCUUUGACCAGAGAGGCAAGAGGGAGUUUGAGCGCCACAGUGGCAGUGAUAGGACUGGUGUGCGGCCGGAGGAGAAGCGGGGGGGCAGUGGUCCACGUAACUGGGGAUCCAUGAGGGACCACAUAAGUGCAGUGGCUGAUGGGGCUCCCACUGAGGAGGGAGGUGACGGCGAUGAGGUGGCAGAGACUGGUGCAAAUCUCGCCCCUGAGACUGAAGGUGAGGGGGAAGCAGCGGUGGAGGUUGCUGUGGAGAUGUCUCUGGAUGAGUGGAAAGCCCUGCAGGAACAGAACCGGCCCAAGAAGGAGUUCAAUCUGCGCAAGGCUGAUACCAUUGUGCCCUCUGACUCGGUAGUCAUCCACAAGUCCAAGAAACAGGUUGAGGAGCAAGUUGAGGAGGUUGUGGAGGAGGAUGACGCUGCAUCUCUCCGUCGCCCCGCCAAUGACAUCACGGCUAAACUGAAGAUUGACUUUGGCAGCCUUGGACGACCCUCACGGGGGACCAGAGGAAGAGGGGGGCGUGGACGAGGUGGCCCAGCCACACGGCCAGAGACCAUUUCUCCUCAGAAGCCUCCUGAAAAAGCCCGGGUCCAGCAGGGACAGGCACCAAACCCUGAUGACCCAGAGGACUUCCCUGCCCUGGCCUAAAGGAAGACCAGCAUUGGACCAGAGCCCAGUCCUUAGGUGGCCCUUCACCUGUACUGUGCCUUAGUGGAAUGAGCUUAACUUCGCAAGAGGAGCAAAAAAAGAAACUGGUUUGCUCCUAUACAUCCCAAAGAACUGUAUAUAAAUCAAGUUGCGAUCUGGUCUCUGGAUAGUUCAGGUGAAUGGCCUUUCAUUGUAAUGGGGAAAUUGACCUGUUUUAUAAAAAUAAAUGCACUGUUCACAUUGA